GGGAUCUUAAUGCGACGCCGCUUGGUGCCGGGGAAACGGGGUACUGACGGUGAACUGAAUUGUACCGGUGGACCAGAAACUCCCGCCAUUUCGACUUGGAUUAACCUCUUGAUUGAUCCGGGGUACUUCUCUGUCACACUUGCCAUACCGUUACACGAUAACAAGAGGAGCCGACACUACGGAUAAUCAACGGGAACAAUUAAUCAGAUGAAAACAAACCUGCUUCUUCAACAGAUGUGCGGUUCGUAAAGCGCGCUAGAACAGAUCUUUGCCCGCUGCUGCCACGAGUUUGAUCUCUGUGCUUUACAUCCUUUCCUGUUCAUCUGGUGGUGUGUGGGUUUAAAGUUUACCAACUACACCAAAGGGGACAGUUCCAGCUUCCUGUUCGUCUUCAUGGACGUUGUGUAAAAAAAACAGCAUGGCAGCGCUACGAGAGGAGAGAAUAAGAGUGCAAUGAGGCGGAUGGAAAGAAGCGCACUGUUAUUGUUUUGCAACGAGCUAGCCUUCCAACCGACCAGCUAAGUCAGUUAGCUGCUACACGUUGAGGUGCCGGGCCUGCCGGCGGUAACGUGAGACGUGCGGAUACAUUUCUGGACACUCGUAUAAAUGCUAAGGACAUUCUAUUGCAUAUUGUUUUGGUAGUUUGUGACUACAAGGUUUGAUUUCAGCCGCUGGGUACCGUGCCGUUUGCGUAUUCGACAUGGCACCGCUUUUAGGCCGUAAACCGUACCCACUCGUAAAGCCGCUAUCCGAGCCACCAGGCCCGGGAGAAGAGGUCUACAUCAUCGAGCACACCAAGGAGGCCUUCAGGAACAAAGAGUAUCCUUUGAAGAGAUGCUGAUGCUCAGUCUCGACAACCCGGCUCACUGUAACAUUAUAACCGCCUUUGUCAACAUGGUUAAAUCUAUGCUUACACAGCCACGCAACAAGCCUAAUAUGAGACGUCUGAUUUCACGCUACCUGACGUUUUUUCGCCAUUCAGUCGUUCCCAGCAUGUACAUAUUUAAAACUCGGUUGACAGCCUCGCUAGCUAGCCAAUCUUUCUGCUUUGCUAAUGAGCUCAUUUGAAUAAAGCUAGCUGGUUAUUACAUAUAGUUAUGUAAAGAUAAGGUGUUAUGUGAAACUUAAUACUGUUUAUGGGUAAAGCUUUGCGUACAGAGGGGCUAAUAUAUGUCCUUUCACUUUCGGCUGCUACGGCCUGGCUGUCAGAAAGCAAUGCUAAGAGAGAAGCUAGCCCGCUGCUGCUAACAUUAGGUAUCCCUUUAUGUCACAAUAGCCGUCUCCUCCUCUUCCUCAGGCUGGAGAUGGAGCUCUGCUGGAGAAAGUUAGCUGCAAAUGUUAGCACGCAGAGUACGUUUAGUAUCCCAUCUUUUGUUAUUUUAGUUUGUCAAGAAAGGACAUGUUAAUGAAUAUUUUGGGAAAACAGUUGGGUUGUUGUGAUAUUAAACCAUUUCCCCCGUGUUAUGAAGCGUGUAGAGGUUAUGACAGCUCAGAGUGUCACGCGAUGUACGUAAAAUGUCUCUUUGCUUGAAUAAUAGGAAAUAGUUACAGUAAUUUAGGGUUCAUGUAGUUGUCUGGCAUAUACCCCCAAAAACAGUCUGUUACUUUUCCCCUUCCUUCAAUAGUGGCGUGUAACUUUAAUUUUCACUCAAUGCUUUAAGCCUGAAAAGCACAGAGCAGCCAUAACAUUAUGAGCACCUCUGCAAUUUGAUUCUACUCUACUGUACUUUACAUUUCCAGCUUUGUUGACAUGGUAAAGCAGGUCAAACUGUUCUUGAAUUGAUUGUUGAAGUUAUAAAAAGUGUUGAUGGUGUAGUGGAUCACCAUGAAUUAGGUACAGUUAGGGCUGGGCGAUAUGGUAAAAAGUUUAUCACAAUAUAUUUUUUUCAUAUCAGUCGAUAACAAUAUAUCAUGGUAUAAAAAAUGUAAUUUAACAGUCUUUUGCAAUACAAUGAGCUGCUGCAUCUGUGAGGCCUUUGUGUCUCUUUGUCGUAAGGGGUUGCACUAAAGAAAGCAGACUGAAUGGCAGGCUGUUUUUGGUGUUAAGUGCUAUGGUUGCGUGUAGCUGCAGUCUGCUAUUACACAGUUGUUUGCUAUUUGGUUCGAAUUCAGAACAUGAUUGGUUCAGCGUGACGCGGACCCGAAAAAACUCCCCUUUUCUUGGCUGUUCGCAUAGUCUACCAAAACAUAGCAAAAUGCCGGGUAUUAAAAAACAUAUUGACCAUGUUUUAUAUUGAUAUUGAGGGAAAUUAAUUUUCGAUAUAUAAUUUUAUCGUUUUAUCGCCCAUCCCUAGGUACAGUAAAGAGUACAGAGUCAAGAGUAUGGACUUAUACAGGCUACCCCCCACCCUAUGCACAAAUUUGUGUCUAUUCUUCACCUAAGAACUGUUAUUAAGACAUAUUUAUCAAUGUGGUGAAAACCUGUCUCUAUGUUGGUAUUUAUCUUAAAGUUUUUCCUCCAAAUCUAACAUUGCCUUAAUUAAGUGUAUUUACUUACUGUAAAAGACCUUAAAUUCUUUUCCCCAGCAAGAUUUUGUCAACUCCACAUUUAUUUCAAAUAUUGUUUUAUGGCUCUUUUAUGUUUUUGUGCCUUGGUGUGUGACAACGCAUAUAUUUUAAAAUGUGAAAAGUCUGCUGUGUGUGCUGGGUUUCCUUAGGCUUAGUCAUUCUGGAUUAUUUGUAUAAUGUCAUCGGUGACAGUAUAUCAUGAAUAAUGGAACAUAAAUGAGAACGCAAGUGACUAAACAAGGGGUGAAUAUAUCGAUGGGCCUUAUGGUUUCCUUGACACAAUAUCUUCAGAGAGUAUGAGGCUCGCAUACAGAGGUAUGCUGAGCGCAUCUGGACCUGCAAGAGCACUGGAAGCAACCAGCUUACACACAAAGAAGCCUGGGAGGAGGAACAAGAAGUCACAGAACUGUUAGUAUUUUAUUGACAACCUUUGGAUGCUUCAGUAGUUUCAUCUAACUCGUAAAAUAAUAGCCUACUUUCCAUACAGAUUUUGCAUGAUCUGCUGUCUCAGUUUAUCUAAAAAGCAGUUGUGCCUUCUAGUAAGAUGUCCUGUAAAUCUCUUGGUAGUCAACCUAUAAAUACCACCUUUAGUUCUGUAGAUGCUUUGGUCCAAGGAUACAGAUUAGCUUCUCUAACAGGAGCUCUGUAGUAUCUAGGAAGAGCCAUACUCGUCCAAUGAAGGUCAUGAGGCUUGCUGUAUUGCCCUGAUUGGUUAAGUCUAGUGCUCCUCCUCUUCUAUUUAGAGGGUGUGUGAUUGAGUCAUCCUUGAAUCUGCAAUGGCCUGUUGAGAGUUCCUUUAUCUUCCUCUGAAAUAAAAGGAGAGCAUGCCCCCAAAUAUAUCAAGAAUAUUCCAGCUUGUCCCUUGCUGUGCAAAGAUCACAAACUGGUUUUCUCAAUACUUUUUCAAGUACCAUAAGCAAAAAGAAGCUGUGUUUUUAUUUGUUUGUCCCAAAGAGAUGGCAAUGCAAUGCUCAGCUGCCCAGAGGACUACACACACGGGAUCAUGGGCUGUAGUUAAGCUCUAUCUAAUUAUAUCUGCCAAGAGAUUGUACUCCCCCUGCUGGUAACUCUCGUGCCUCCCUUAGCCUGUUAUGUAAUGCUCAGGCUUAGUGAAGAAUUGACGAAAGACAUGACAUUGCCAAAGACACAAUACCAUGAAUAGAGAGCAUCACACCCAUGAACUAAUUUAAUCUCUUAUACCGGAAGGGCUGUGGUUUUUCAUCAUGGUUUUAAAUACUGUGGUAAUUUAAAACAAUGGAAAAUAAUAUGUGAAUGUUAACCAAAUUCUACCUUUAAACUGAGACUAUCUGUAUAAAAAUGUCAAUCAGUCUAACUCUUGGGCAUUUUCUUUAUGCAGACUUCAAGAGGAGUAUCCUCAGUGGUUCGAGAAGCCGGUCCUCGAGAUGGUCCACCACAACACAGUGUCUUUAGACAAACUGGUUGAAAUGGCCUGGGUAGAAAUCCUUACCAAGUAUGCUGUCAGUGAAGAGUGUGACUUCCUGGUCAGUAUGAUUUCUUUUUUUUUAAAGAUAUAUUUCUAAAUCUAGUUUUUAUAUUCUGUGUUUUCUAAUUUCAUAUUUAGAUCAUGUGAUGAUGUUUGACAAGAGCCUCUAUGUGUACGUGUGUUUUUAGUUGAAAGGAGCUGCCAACAGCCUCACUGCUGUCGCAAUUACGAGGCCUAUUUGUGUAUAAAAUAAGCUGCAGUCUUGAGUCCCUGUUAACAAAAGCAAUAGCUAACAGUUGUCUCAUAUGACUGAUCCUUCUGCAGAUUGAUUGUGCACUAGGCAUGUGCCAAUAUAAAAAAUAAGAUAUCACGAUAUUGGUGGCCCAAAAUAUCACGAUUCACGAUGUUAUCACGAUAUUAGCGCAUUGCUUUUAACGUUAUUAAAAAUGGCAAAAAACUGCGAAAUCACUUCUCUGUCCACAGCAUGACACGCACAAACAAUAUGAGCAAGAGGCAGCUAACGCAACGUUGUGAGCAUUAGCUUUUUGGAGCUAAAGUUAGCAGAAAGUCACUAACGUUGUCAAUAAUAAGCAGUAGAGUAGACCAAACUUGUUGCGGUCAUGUUGUUUUUUCCAGCAUCGUUUGGGCGAACGAUGCUGGAUGGUGUUCAUGGAGGUGGGCACGUAGGUUUGAAGAGUUAGACAACGGCGCUGCAACUUCCUUGCGGCAUAACCUGCAGAUAAGUGUCAGGUUUACCUGCUCCGUCUGUUUUGUGAAGCCGUAAAAUGUCCAUACUGCCAAGGAAAUCUUUUUAAUAGCUGAGGCGUUUCGUCAUUCUCAUUCUCCGACUGUUCUUGGUCCGGCUGCAUCGUUAUGUUGGUUGGAAGUUUGAACGUGUGCGUCAACUUUUUUUUUCUUCUUCAAACUGUUUCCGGUUCACAGAGUGGACACGCUCCAACUGUGCUUUGGGUGGCCACAAUGCAUUGUGGGUGGCCACGCAUUUUGUUUUUAAAUUUCUUCAUUUUCUCUCUUAAUGUUCCCGUUUUUGUUCGGCUGGCAUUAAUGUACUUAAUUCAAGAGUUUGUCGAUUAUAAUUGUGGAACGAUAAUUACAGUACCCUACGAUUUCAUCAUCGUGGCCGUUUAAUAUCACAUAUCGCGAUUAAAUCGUAUAUCGGCACAUCCCUAUUGUGCACUUGGUGGGUGUGGGCGGGGUCAGGAUAUCACAUUUAGAAGAAGACAGAUUACUUUUCUUCUUUCUUGGUAGUUUUAGCCAAACCUUUGCCUCAAUGCUGUUGCACUGGUUUUGAGCAAGUGCUGCCGCCACAUCCAAGGAAAACCGUGUCAGACUCUGAUGACGCCCGUAAGCGGGGCCUCCUCAUCCAAAUAAUGUUGGAAAAACUUAGUUUACAUCCACCAGAAACAACGUCAUGGUCUUGUGGCAUGUUGACGUCAUCAUAUCCACUAGUGCUUACCAUAGUAAACUAACAUUUGCAGUAACUUAUCCAAUUUGUAAUAAGCGCUUGUGUCUUUUGAGAUAUUCAUGAGACCUUUUCACCUCAGUUGGGCAAGGGUAAAACUUUGCGGGUGAAGGUGGUGAAGAUCCACCCCCUGGAGAACCCAGAGGGAGAGACGGGGGAGAAGAAGCUCGAAGGUGCCUGUGAUUCUCCAUCCAGUGACAAGGAGAAUGCAAGUCAGGAGAACCAAAGGAAGGAACCUGCCCCCCGAGAGGAGGAAAACAGGAGGGAGAGUCUCAGUGCGUCCGCUGCAUUAACAUUUAAAGCACAUUGGAAAUCUAUCCAAAUACACUUUGCCUUUAUUUCCCACUUAUGGUUUUGUCGAACUUUUUAUCAGGUGACAGAGCGCGGCGUUCUCCUCGGAAACUUCCUACAGCCAUGAAGGAAGAGAAGAAAAAAUGGGUGAUGCCAAAAUUCCUCCCUCAUAAGUACGAUGUGAAGCUCAUUAGUGAGGACAAGGUUAGUGCGCCUUUGUAUUUUUGUCAUGAAUUUAAAAAACCCGUAUGAUUUUGUGUGAUCAAGGACACAGACACUAUGACAUUUAAUUUACAUCUUCAGGUGAUCAGUGAUGUCCCAGCAGACAGCCUGUACAGAACAGAGCGCCCACCAACAAAGGAGAUCAUGCGUUACUUCAUCAGACAUUAUGCUCUGAGGCUUGGCAUGGGGGAGAGCGCCCCCUGGGUGGUUGAAGAUGAACUGGUGAAAAAGUUUAACCUUCCCAGCAAAUUCAGUGACUUUCUUCUGGAUCCACACAAGGUAAACACCUUGAUGUAGUUUCUUGAGUGUUAUUUUAGAGGAAACGUUGCCUUUUUAUGUUGGUUCUUACACUUUUGUUUGACUUCAGUUCUUGGCAGAGAACCCCUCAGCGAAGCGUAAGAGCCUGACAUCUCCAGAAGGUAAACCGAGCAAGAAGCUGAAAACCUCGGACACGCCAGGGGAGGAUUCAGGAAAUGAGAAGGGAGAGAAGAAAAGGAAAAAGAAGAAGGACUCUCUCAGCAUGCCCCUCAGCCCAACUAUCUGGGGCCACAUGCAGGUUAGCUUGCCAGUAUUAACGUUAACUUUCCUCAGUUAGAAUGAAACUCUGUGUUUUUGUUUUACCUUAAUGUUGAAGCUUAGGUUAAAGAGCUUGUGUUGUCUGUAUUUUAGAAAAUAAAGAUGAAUGGUUCCCCGCUCAAAGUCAAGAACCCAGGUACUCCAAAGAAAGGGGAAGGCAAAAGCUCUUCUCCCUCAACCCCCAAAUCAGGCAAGAAGUCUGGGGAGAAGAAAGAAGGGAAGAAAAGUGGGAAAAGCAGCGAUAAGAAGCUCAACAUCCUCAAAGCCUCGAAGAAAGACGGCAAAGCUGGUCCUAAAACACCGAAGAUGAAGCAGAUGACUCUGCUUCAUCUGGCUAAGAGCGCUCCUGCUGGAAGCCCCAAGAAGAGGUCUCGAAGUUCCAGUCUGGGAAGCCCUAAACUCGGAAAGCCACUGCAUCCUAUGGCUUUGCACCUUCUCCGUUAUUAUAAGGAGCACAAAGGCAAAGAGGAGAAGAAGACCACCCUUUCCUUUCUCGUCUCCAAGGCUGCAAAGACCCUGUCCCCUGAUGAUCGAGGCCGACUACCCGAGGAGCUGCGGGACCUGGUACAGAAACGCUGGGAGCUACUGGAGCAGAAGAAGCGUUGGGCAGCCAUGAGUGAAGAGGAAAAGCAGGUAGAGACGAAGAGAAGACGACUGGAACUCAAAAAGAAACUGCGAGAAAAGGCUAAAGAGAAGCGCGAGAAAGAGCUGCUGGUCCGCCUCGAAAAAUCCCGCAGAUACGAAGACCAGGAGAUUGAAGGUGGCAAGAACCUGCCAGCAUUCAAGCUCGUAGACAUGCCUGAGGGGCUGCCCAACACCUUGUUUGGUGAUGUAGCGAUGGUGGUAGACUUUCUUCACUGCUAUUCAGGACUGCUGAUGCCAGAAGACCAGUAUCCCAUCACAGCCGUGGCUCUGAUGGAAGCACUGGCUGGGGAGCGCUCAGGCUUUCUUUACCUAAACCGAGUGCUGGUGGUUCUGCUGCAGACACUGCUACAAGAUGAGCUCGCAGAAGGCUACAGUGAGCUCGACAUGCCCUUAUCCGAGAUCCCUCUCACCAUGCACUCAGUGUCAGAGCUGGCAAGGUUAUGCCUGCGACCGUGCGACGCUCAUGGCGAGGACAGCGGUCAAGGCUCAGAGGACUCCGCACCGGUCGGCAACUUCGAUGACGUGGUGACCAGCGAGUUCUUGGAAAAACUUGAGACAAUCGAGGUGUUUGAGUUGAGCCCUGAAGAGAAGGUCAACCUGCUGGUAGCUCUGUGCCAUCGCAUUCUCAUGACGUAUUCGGUCGAAGACCACGUCGACGCCAAGCAGAAGCGCUCGGCUGAGCUGUGGAAAGAGCGCCUGGCGAUGAUGAAAGAGGUCAAUGACCGCAAGAGAGAGGAAAGGAAGAAGCGAAAGGAGGAGGGCAAAGGUAUACAAGUUUUUUAAAAGGGCUUUUUUCUUGAGUAACACGUGAAAAUAUGAACAUUUUUGAUUAUCUGUUGUCUAAAUACAAGAAGAAGAAAAAAUAAUUCAGCAUUACAAAUAUGUCUAUUUUUGUCUUGUUUCAAAGGUGAGAAAAAGAGAGAGGGGUCAGCAAAAAAGGAGGGCAAAAAAGAAGCCAAAAUAGAGCCCAAGGUGGAGCCGGAGCCGGAGCCUGAAGACAUGAUCACCUCCGUGAAGAACAGGAGGCUGAUGGCCAUGCAGGCGAAAAAGGAGAAAGAGGAAAUGGACAGACAGAAUAAAGGUGGAUAGAGAGCGCCAGGCGGAUUCAUGAAUCACCCGACAAGUAAGAAGUCAGAGUUUCUCGCUCAUUAUUUAUAAUCAUUGAAUUCCAUCUUUUGUAGAGCGCAUGGAGAGGGAGGCAGAAGAGGAGCGGAUACGUAGACAGAGAGCCGCAACAGAAAGGGCCUUCCAGGACGGCAUCACCAAAGCCAGACUUGUCAUGCGCAGGUCUCCCCUGGGAACAGACAGGAAUCACAACAGGUGGGUUAACUAGUUAGUGAGGUGCUUGGUAAUUGUGUGGGAUUCAUUCUCAAAGAAAACUACUACAACUCUCAGCAGUCUGCAUAGAUCUACGACCUUCUUUCUAAUGUCUACUUGAGGAGUGUCUUGGUAAUAAUCAUGGUUGCUCGAUGUGUUUUUUCCCCUUCAGAUACUGGGUGUUUUCUGAUGUGGUUCCUGGUCUGUACAUUGAGAAGGGCUGGGUGCAUGAAGGCAUUGAUUACAGCUUCACUCCACCCCCUGAGGAAAAACCAACUGAGCCUGAAGUGGAGGAAGAAGAGGAUGUUGUUUCAUCUGCUACUCAGGAUUCACAAGGUAAACGCACAUUUAAUCCUUAUUUUAGUGCGUGUGUGUUGACAAAUAAAUAUAGGCUUCAAUGUCAGCAAUUGACAAAUACUUAAGCGAUUUUUCGACUAAUCAAAAGUUCCAAAUUUUUCAUGAUAUUGUAGGAGCUGAAAAGGAUGAUUGCAGCAUAGAUGGUGCUGUUAGUGAAGGAGCCCAGCAGGGAGCAGCAGCUGACAUCUGUAUAGAAACGACUGUCCCCAAACAGGGACAGAACCUCUGGUGAGAGCUCUUAUUCUGACUUUUUCCUUAAUUCUGCCUUUUUAUUUGUACUUAAACACAAUCUCAUAUCUGUAAUUUUCUGCCUCUCUCUUUAUGUAGGUUCAUAUGUGACAAUCCUCUUGAGCUGGAGGAGCUGGUGGAAAGUCUUCACUCUCAGGGGGCUCGAGAGAGUGAACUGAAGGCAAACAUACAAAGCAGGUGUGUUUAUCCUCACAAUAUAUGGUGACUUUAAUGAUGAGAAACUUUUUAUAGCAGCUCUCACAGGUCUGUUGAGACAGUUGAAGAAGUUUACUGUGACAUCUUUGUCUUUAUUUAGUCAAAGCAGCAGCAAACAUCUAUGUUAUGGGAAGUUUUAGACUGUAAGUUGAAAAUAACCAGGAUAUGUGUGCAGUGGGAGAAAAAAUCGAAUCACAAAAGUAGCAUGAUUUUUUUGGUUUACAAUUUUGAAAUCGUUUUUUUUUUGUUUUGUUUUGUUUUGUUUAAAAAAAAAAAAUAUAUAUAUAUAUAUAUAUAUAUAUAUUUUUUUUUUUUUUUUCAAAUUUAAGAAUAAAGGUCCUUACACACCAGGAGUGAUUUUUUUUCGUGCGAUUAUUUCGGACAUCAAAAUUUAAAUCUCAAAAACUGACUUACAUGUGAUGUGUAUUUUUUCUGGGACAUAUGGUUUCUGAAUUAGUCAGUAGACAAUCAUAAUCCUUCAGCUAUUUCACUGGUGUUAAAAAUGCAGACUAAAAUUCGAGAAAAUCGACAAUAUCGUAAACUCACAAUUGAAAUUGAAUCAGCCUCCAAAAAAUCGUAGAAGAAGCAAAUCAGGAGAAAAGAAAAUAUCAUCCCAGCCCUAGUAAAAGCGCCAUAGAACUUAAGAUCAGCAGAAUCCAGAGCAGAGAGUGUGAGACCAGAACGGAGUAAAGCUGAAACCAAAGGCAAAGCUGUCCCUUUUUCCCUCAACAGAUACCAGGACAUCAUGCACUCUAUCCAUCUGACCCGAAAGGCCAAACUGGGCCUCAGGACCUGCGAUGGCUAUGCAGAGCUGCUCAAUUACCUGCGCAGUGACAUCCAGGAGGUAGCCUCACGACUCCAGAAGGGCGGCCUGGGAUACUUGGAUGACAACGUAGACAUUGAAGAGCAGGUAAUAAUACAUUCAGUAUUUGUUGGCCUGAAAUCCCUACAAUAAAGGGUGGGAUUAGGUUAUUCUACAUCCAGCAUCUCUGAAACUAUUCUUUCAUUCACAGCUGAAAGACAUGGAGAGCUUGAAAGAGUUCGGGGAGUGCAUCAUCACCAUUCAGGCCUGCGUGAUCAAAAAGUUCCUGCAGGGAUUCAUGGCUCCGAAACAGAAAAAGAAGAGAAGGCAGGGAGGGGAAGAAAGCAGCAAGGCUGAAGAGGUGGACGAGGAGAAGAGGCUGGCAGAAGACGCCAGGGUAAGAAAAGACGAAUUCUGUGUGUCACAACCAUCCCUGUUACGAUGUCGCUGUGAUUAGCACGAUUUUUUUUACUCAUCAAUGAUUUUCUUUUAACGGCAGUGAAAUAAAUCUCAGAUGUCUGCUUGUUUAAACGAGUCUGGUCUUUCCUUUUGUAGGUGGCAACAGCCGUGGAAAAGUGGAAGACCGCUAUCCGCGAGGCUCAGACCUUUUCCCGCAUGCAUGUCCUGCUGGGGAUGUUGGACGCUUGCAUCAAGUGGGACAUGUCCGCCGAGAACGCUCGUUGCAAAGUCUGUCGCAGGAAAGGUAAGCACUUGACGUACAUUGUAAAUAAAACGUGCAACACAGAAACUAUCACGCCAUCACGCCAGUACCCUUUGAGAAAUUAUAUUAAACAGUCACUAUAACAGUCAGUCCUGUGUAUCGCAUAUGUAUUUGACCUUGAAGCUUCCCCUUUGACCAGAGUAGUGCUGCUCUGCUAACAGUCUUUGCCCCCCCCCCAUCAGUGCUCAGGCAGAGCCCAUCUGUGUUGAAGCUGACGGAGUGUAGGACCAGAUCCAGACAGGGCAGCAGGGACAGACUCAGAGCAGGACAGACUAGUAGUGUCAGGCAGGUCUACAUUCAGAGCUGGCAGUGCCGCAAGCCAACAGGUGAACCUGUAGUGAUAAGAGAAGCAGCUUUGUUCUAAGUGAAUGAAUGAUGAUGAUCAUGAAUAACCCUUUGAGGAUCAAUUAAGUUCUUGUAUCUUGAAUGUGACGUGCAGGGAAGAACAAAUGCGUGGAUGUACUCAACAGAAUUAGAGUAAAAACCUUAAUAUUGCUCAGUUUAACUGUUUGUUUAAACCUUCCAGGUGAUGAUGAGAAACUUAUCCUCUGUGAUGAGUGCAACAAGGCCUUCCACCUGUUCUGCCUGCGACCAGCUUUGUAUCGUAUUCCUGCUGGAGAGUGGCUGUGCCCCGCCUGCCAGCCCACUGUGGCCAGAAGAGGCUCCCGUUCAAGGUAACUGUCGGCCUCGUGUUUGUUUUGUUACAGUGAGGGCUAUUUUGAUGAUUAAGAUAUUUAGAAUAACUGUUAAAUAUAUGUACAGUCACACAUUCUCCUUAAAAUCACUAGUUAUGUUAUGCAGGGUGUUUUUUUUCCUAUUUUUAACCAUUUAACAAAACCUUAAAAGUUCUGUCUUUGUCUUUGCUGACACAAGUUUUAAUCACGAAAAUCUUCUUAUAGGAAUUACAACCAAGACACAGAUGAAGAAGAGGACGAAGAGGAGUCUGAAGAAGAGGAGUCUGAGGAAGAUGAAGACGAUGAGGAAGAUAACGAUUACAAGGCCAUGGGACACAGCUGUGAGUGUCAGCAAAGGACUAAUAAAUCACAGAUAUUUCACUCCUGUUGGGGGCUUUAGCACACAUCAGUCAGCAGAUCAUUAAAACACAUGGUACAUUUUUCUGUCCAUCCAGGUUUUUAUCAAUAUUGUUUCAGCAACAGCUCAAAAGUUAGCAUACUGCUAACCAAGGGUAUAUUUUUAAUGUUGGGCACACAUCUGAUGACAUAUCUGUUAGUUCAAGAUAUUUUAACAAGUGUUAUCAGAGAUUAGACCCACCCAAAUCACCACCUGUGGGGUUUCUCUAACAUCGCUGUUAUCCAGUACUAAAUGAAAAUGGACCCAAGCAGGUUUAUGGGGAGGAAGACAUGGAAGACAUCAGACUAGUGAUGAGUGAAACUAAGAACAACAAAAAGAGAAAAUGUGUUAAUACAACAUGUGGAAAAGAGGUUUUCAUUGGCUUACAUUCAUUCACAGGGAACAACCAUUAGUCUGUACUUGAUGCAGGGAGGCUCCAGAAGAGAUCAGUCGACAAUCCCAUAAUCCAAUGGUUCUCAAGUCCAGUCCUCGAGGCCCACUGUCCUGCAUGUUUUGGAUGUUUCCCUGCUCCAACACACCUGAUUCAAAUGAUCAGCUCGUUAUCAAGCUCUGUAAUGGCUUAAUAACGAGCUGAUCAUUUGAAUCAGGUGUGUUGGAGCAGGGAAACAUCCAAAACAUGCAAGACAGUGGGCCUCGAGGACUGGACUUGAGAACCACUGCCAUAAACAUUGAAAUGUCCUCACAACCCGUGUAAAAUAUACACAGCAGCACUUGUGGUUGUUGUUUUUUAUAAAUAUAACAUGUUCAUUAUAUAUCUUUAUAUACGAUUUUGUCUAGAUAAAGACAAAAUAUAAGACUAUCAACCCCAGUAUCAUCAGUGCUAUGGGUAAAAACAGUUAACAUCUUGUUGCUGGGUUUUUAAUUGAAAACUAAUGCACAAAAAAGACAAAUAACGUUUUAUAAAUAAAUUAAAAAAUAUGAUUUAAUUUGGUAGCUAGUUUGAAAAAGAGGCCUCAUUGGUAUUUGCAGGGUAUAUGCAGGGUCUUAAAAAGUCCUGAAACAUCUAAAAUGGAAUAAUUUGAAUUAAAGGCCUUUUUAAAUGUCUAAAAUUCUCUCAAAAUGUCAUAAAAUGUCUCAAAUACUAUUUAAAAGGUCUUAAAAUUAUAUUAAAUCUACUUAGAAAUAAUAAGUAGAUAAAGUGUCAUAGGGAUAAAGAUUGAUUUGAAGUCAUGUCAAAUCUUCUUUUGUACUUUUGUUGCCAGUAUAGAUGUAGACUUGAUCUUAAGUUGUAUUCGUUACGGUCUUAAAACACUCUUAAAAAGUCUUAAUCGACUUGUUGAAACCUGCAGAAACCCUGUAUUUCUAAAGCCGGGAAUGAGAAGAAUGCUGAGGGUGAAUUUCGUCCCCUGCCUUUUCUCAGUCUCCAUUGUCUGCGUGUUGUCAUGUCGUGAGCUUAGGUCUGGACCUUUAGCUUUGAAGCUCAGCCUCACUCUGGUUUCACUCAGAGUAUGUGGCAGGAUGAUCCCUCUCUGUCGGUUCAAGCUGCUUGUCAAGGAUAACGUUGUAGAAAGUUACAUACAGCGGUGCCAAAGAGUUGAAGAGAGGAACACAGUUCACAAAGUCAACUUCCCUCAGGGGGCACAAAGUGACGCUUUCUCUCAGUUGACUACUUUCUUUUUUUUAAGAGUGCACUUAUCAGCGCUGGUUCAAACAAUGACUUCCUGACAAACUUUUUUUUGUUUUUGUCUUUAAGUACUUACACCACCUUUCACUGAGGCUGCUUUCUUAUUGUUGUUUCUUGUUGUCUUGAUCACCUCUCAUUAUUUCUUAACAGUGAGACCAAGGAAGAAGAACAAGCAGUCUUCAUCGCGACAAAAAAGUUCUAAAAGUAAACCCAAAAAGACAUCGUCUUCAAGCAGUCAGAGCAGCAAACAGAGAACCGGCCCCAGCAGCCCUGCAGACAUCGAUGAACUGGUGAGAAACCACCGAGGCGCUCGUAUAGAAAAGAGAGACAUGCUGUUUCUUCAGAGUAUCUUUAAAGAAUAUGAUACUGAAAGCAAUAAACAUAGGAGGGCUUUUGUAUUCAAAACUAAAACAGUGCGGUGUCUUAGUUUUGUUUAUACUCAUUGCUGUCUUGUUGUUUCUUUCUGUAGGUGCGACAGAGUUCACAAACAGGAGUGCGCAGGCAGGUACUGGAGCUGGAGAGGUGUGAAGAAAUCCUCAAGAAGCUGAUGAAAUUCCGCUACAGCUGGCCUUUCAGGUGAACUACGGACAAACUUAACAUAGUUGACUCAAACGUUACCUUACACUUUAUUAAUCAUUCUGUAGCCAACUAGUUGGAGUACUUCGAUGCAUUGUGAUCAAUAUAGCAAGAGGAGGCUAACAGAGGGACUUACUCUAAGUCCCCUAGAGUAAAAAAUCAGGGCAGGUGCAAAGACAAAAAUACUGUCUUGUAUGUGUCAAGGAUUAAAGGGAUAUUCCGGCAUAAAAUUAAGUUAGAGUCAAACACACCGUAACACCGAGUUAGACACCCCAUUGAGAGAUGAAUGUUGCCGACUGCUUGCUUCUCUGGUUAUACCAACUUUAGUAACGACUGCAUGAUAGCAAUACACAGCAGUCUCAGGAGCCAUGUGCUCAACCAAAACGCCACUCUAUAGCCACAAAUAAUGUUCAAAACAACACCUAACUUCAUCAACAGUACAUAUAUGGUCCAAGCGACCAGACAUCUUUGUAAUUUGCCUGAUUUAUUUAGCAAAGAGACUAAAUACAACUCACCCACUCUCUUCCAGCAGCCGCUUGUUUGUACAGUGGCCUCAGAUAAGUCCAUUGACUGCAGUGGGGUGACACAGCUCAAGGAAGAACAUUUAUGAUCAUUUCUUUAUCAUUUCCUUGAAGUAAUAAUCAUCAUAUUAAUUAUUUUGCACUGCAGACGCGGUAGUUCUUCUGCCUUAGAGUCUCUGUCUGAUUGCAUUUCCAUGAAGAAAUGAUCUUAAAUGUUCUUCCUUGAGCUGUGUCACCCCACUGUAGUCCGUGAUGGACUCGAGGUCUCGCUACAAACAAGCGGCUGCUUGAAGAGAGUAGGUGAGUUGUGUUUAGUCUCUUUGCUAAAGAAAUUAGGCAAAGUUAAAUAGAUGUUUGGUCACUUGGACCCUGUAUGUACUGUUGAUGAAGUUAGGUGCUGUUCUGAGCAUUAUUUGUGGCUAAAGAGUGGCGUUUUGGUUGAGCGUGUGGUUCCUGAGACCGCUGUGUAUUGCUAUCGUGCGGUCGUUACUAAAGUUGGCAUAACUAGGGAAGCAAACGGUCGGCAACAUUCAUCUCUUAAUGGGGUGUCUAACUCUACGGUGUGUUUUACCCUAACUUAAUUUUACGAAUAUACCUUUAAGUCCAAGAUCUAUCACGAUCAACAAGCUAUACUCUAGUCCACCACCCUGACCUCGUGUUCUGCUUUCUCUACAGGGAGCCUGUGUCACUCGAUGAAGCCGAGGACUACCUGGACAUCAUUUCCCAGCCGAUGGAUUUCCAAACGAUGCUGGGAAAAUUCAGCCAGGGCUCGUACCGUCAUGCUCAGGAUUUCCUCGAAGACGUGAAACUGGUCUUCUCCAACGCCGAGGAGUACAACCAGCAGGGCAGCACCGUGCUCUCCUGCAUGGUCAAAACAGAGCAGUCAUUCACCGAGCUGCUCCAAAAGCUGCUGCCCGGCCUUAGCUACCUCCGCCGGCGUUCACGCAAACGCGUCUGCCAACAACCUGCAACAUCUGAGGAGGAGGAGGAUGAAGACGAGGAGGAAGCAGAGGAGGAGGAGGAAGAGGAAGAAGAAGAAGAGGAGGAGGAACCGAAGAAAAAGAUGCAGAACGGAAAAUCAAGCGGGAAGAGAGCAAGGAACAGUCGGGGUCGGAAGGAAGAGGAGAGCGAGAGUGAGGAGGAGGAAGAGGAGGAAGAAGAGGAAGAGGAUGACGGCAGAAGGAGAAGUAAGCGCUCCUCUGCCACAUCCGGUAAGAAAGAUUACAGGGAGCAGGAUAGCGAUGGCGAGCGGGACACACGCAGAACUCGUCAGAGGGGGGGCCGGGGCGACGUGAGCAGCGAUGAGGAGCGGUCCAGCCGGCAGCGACAUUCCAAGAGACAGAAACGCUGAUGAAUCCCGGGUGCUUUUUUUUUUUUUUGGUUUCCACUCUGUCCUCUCUCUUUGCUUUAAAACUUUUGUCCCGCUCUUCCACAAAACGAUCAAGAGGCCUCCUCCUCCUCCUCCUCCUCCUCUUCUCUCAGACAGCGGGACUUAAUCCUCAGAAGGACUUUUUUUUGUGUUUUUGAACUUUUGUGUUCAUAUUUUGAAAAAUGACUUAAGAAAACUGAUUUAUAUUUGUAACAUGUUUAAUAUCGGUGUUUCUUUUUCUCAGCAAAGAAAAAUCGAAAUAACGGAGAGGUCCUUGUAGCUCUUGAGUUUUUUUGAUUCGAAUUUCAGUUCCAGAUUGACGACAUGCAAACACAUACCCACAUUCAAGUGUAGUUUAACUUAAAAAUGUUGUUCUGUGAACUUCUUUGUACUCAAAACACACGUGCGGUGUAACCCGAGGCCCGUCAGCGUACAGCAGUCACUUGUCUUUCAGGAUGUCUAGCUGUAGAAAGUUCCAACCAAACCUCUGUUACAUGUCACUGUGUUUUAGAUAACUUUUAGUACUUGUGGUGUCCAUGAAGCCAAAACUCUCUGGGAAGUCUGUCUUGGCGUUUAAAACAGCACUGUUCGCUGAAAAUGUUCCUGUCACCUGUAAAUCUCUUCUUUCUACUCAUUUUGACACCAAAACUAUCUCAAGUGCAAGUUUAUAGACAAACAGGAUAGGAUUUUAAUAGUCGUAGUUUUUUUUCUUCUUGUUUUUACAGUCCGGUUUCAGAUGUCUUGCUGAAAUCUGGAUCAAGACACAUGUAAUCUUCUCACUAACACACAAGUUUCAUCUCAGCUCUUGCUGCCAAGAUGUUUUUAAAAACUAGGGCCCAAAAACUUUGGAGUCUCUCUCUCUCUUGGUGUGUGUGUAGCUGACCAGCCUCUCCUCCUCUGUAGUGCCCUGCCACUUUAAAAGAACCGGUACCUCAGUGCUCUGUCAGUUUGCACUCCUCCUGUGUAAAAUGCACCUAUUAUGCCAGCAGCUACAGGACCAUACUUUAUUAAGAUUAUGUGCAUAAACAUUUGUAAACAGUGUUUAAAACAACAAAUGUGAUGUUUGUUAAGAAAAUGGGCAUUUUUGAAUAUUUGGUAUUUUUUGCACAUUUUAUUUGGUAUUGUAAAUGACAACUUGUUAGUCAAUCUUAAUCACAUCCAAUAAAUUGAAAAGGUUCAACCAGGGCUCUUUCUUCGAAUCACUCUUGAAGAAAUGUACGUUCUACAUUAGUCACAGCAGAAACGAUGACAUUUGUAACUUCAACACUUGUGAAACGGUCCAAGUGUGGAAGUGCGGUGACGGUUUCCCUGCCUGUCCUGGUUUUAGACACCAGGUGGUGCUCUCUCCCUGUACUUUGAAGACUUUAAUCCCAGCAGUUUCCUUGUAAAUGGGUGAACGCACUGUUAGCUGAACCUGAUCUGCACUCUUCUGUGCACUCACCUGGCUGAUCUUCAGGAGACAGUAGAGCUUUAGUAGUGCAGGUUUUGAGGGUCUUAUAUUUGUCAAAACCUCUGGUGUCAGGAAAACUGCUGCAAAAAUUUAAAAAGAUUAAAAUUUUGGAAACAUUUUUGAACAUUUAACAAAACUUUUUUUGUGUGCAGAAGUUCCUAAAGUUUGGGGCAAGGUUGCUAGCCAUAUAUAUCUCUUUCUACUCUGAUGAAGCAGUGGUCAGUUUUCCCUCCUCUGUACUGUGCUGUGCUGUUCUGUGUGCUCGUGCUGUUAUCGAAUCCUUACAGACUUCAUCUGUCUGCUGAUUGUUUUCCACUCUUUUUGUCUAAAUUCGGCUUUUUUCCCGAUAUGAUUGCGAAUUGAGAAAAUCACUCUUAAAAUUGUUUGACAUUUUGAUGAACCGACGAAGAUGGACUGCCCUGCUCAAGUUGAAUCUGAUUGUAAAUGCUUUCUUUGUUCUUGGAGGAACUACAAAAUUACAAAAAAAAAAAGAAAUAAAACAUCUUUUACAAUUCCUUUUUUUAUAUAUAUAUUUAUAGUCUCUAAAGCUGGGUUUGGGCAGGUUCAGAGAAUUUACAUGUAAAGAAUUUCCAAUAAAGGCUAUGGACAAAAACUGCAGUUCUCCAUGUUUUUUUGUGUGAGGCUGAUGAGCAUUUCUAGGUCAGACAGACACAAAUCACUGCCAUCUGUGUAAAACUUAGUGCUGAGACAAUGAAACGGAGGAAAGCAAGAUUGUUGUGGCUGUUGACUGAUGUUUUAUUUUGCGUUUUUAAUAAAAUAUCAGUUUUCUUAUGUUCUGGUGUGGAGUUGUUUAUGAGAAUUACCUGUAUGUGCUUAUAAAGAGGCAAAAUAUGAUUUAAAAAAAAGGACAAUUUGAACUCACGUUUGCUGCUCUUAGGAUUCAAGUUAAUAGCAUCAAAUACUGAAUUAAAAUACUGGCAGGAAAAGAUACUGAAAUCAGCCAGUCAUUACAGUAAAUAAAGAUGAAUGCAUGUGUGUCAAUUUUGGGCUCCUGUAGAAACAUGAAUACUAAAAGUUGAGGAGUUUCUCUGCGGUGAGGAGGUUACAGUAUAGAAACACUGGAUGUGAACUUAAUACCAUUUAUGUGUCCAGACUGCUUCUUCAUGUGAUUUUCCAGUUCAGUUAUCAAUUAAAUGAUUUUAUUCCCCCAACUUUAUAUGUAGAACAUUUUGAAUAUAUGGUGGCCGAGAACCGCCACUGCUGCAGAAAAAAUAAUUAAAAAAAAAAAAAGCCACGACAGAAGUUACCAAUGCAAAAAAAAGAAACUGAAGCCCACAGCAAAUAAAAACAGAAACGGUGCAGAUUUAAAAAAAAAAAAAAAAAAAGCCACAAUGGAAGACGCAAAAAAAAAGAAGAAAAAAAAAGGUUACUUACUGUGAAAAUAAAAGGAUGCAAGUAAAAAAAGCCACAGCGGAAGUGAGCUACCAGGAAAAACCGAGGGCUUUGCGUACUUAUUUCUAUAAGUAAAACAACCGAACUGUAAAGCUAGCAAACUCUCUUCACGUGGGUGGUCUUUCGGGGCGUAGUGGGUUUUCCCGGUGAAGUGCCGGUGUCAAUGCUAACACUACACCGGCGUCCUCCAGUUCAACUUCAUAUUGACUCAGGCGCAACAUGGCCAAAUGACACAUUGAAAAGUACACGAAGCAAAAUUAAACAAUAACCUUUCCACUUACUUCUUUGCUCUUCUUCUUGCCGUCGUCGUCUGUGGCUAGAACGUAAAACACUGGUGCAUCAUCAUUAUUGGUCCUAGGCAGCUCACUUCUGUUGUAGCUUUUUUUUUUCACUUCCUUUCAUUUUCACAGUAACUUUUUUUCCUUUUUUUUUUUUUUCAUCGCCCUUUUUUUCUUCGUUAACUUACAUUGUGGCUUUAUUUUUUAUCUGCAACAUUUCUUUUUCUAUUUGCAGUGGUUUUUUUUUUUUUUUUUUCAUCAGUAACUUUUGUUGUGGCUUUUUUUUAUUUUUUAAAUUUAAUUUAAUUUAAUUUGGCAGUGGCGGUUCUUAGCCACCGUACAGACUGCUGCUUCAUGUGACCUCCCAGUUCAGUUAUCACAUAAAAUGCUGAUCCUAUAUCCAAACGCAGGAGUGCAUUCAUGAUGCAUAGAGCAAAGAAAGUAGAAGGAGGACACCCGGCUCUGAUGAAAUAUCUUUUGGGUGCUGACAACCUCUGAGCCAUCUGUAACUUGGCAACAGGUGUAGAGGCUAAGACGGAUCUGAGGAAAGGUCAGAGAAGUGAAAAGUCACUGGAAACGUAGCACUUGAUUAGAGGCACUUUGCUUCUCAGUGACAGCUGCUCGCAGCUCUUGUAAACCUAAAACGAUGUUUCACUUUAUGUUUCAAUGUCAUUCAUUCAAUUUAAGAUGCUCCCCUAUCAAAAGGAUCAGGUCCAUGAUCUUCACCAGAAGAAAGAAGGUAAUGGCAGAUUGAGGACAUUAUGAGCCACAGGCCCUGAGGCAUUGGAGGGAAAUCUUAGCUUUUUGUCUGUUUGGUUGUUUUUCCGAGUCUCGCUGCUGACUGAAUCUAUGUGACAGCCAGAUUAGGUGGCUGACUGUUUUGGGAAAUGGAGCCAAAAACAAUUGAACAUAGCUAUAGAACUAAUAUGAUCUCUGCAUAAUUUGAGUGAACUUCUCAUGAACUUGCUCCUGGGAGGAUUAGCCUCUUUAGCUUUCAAGAAUUUGUAGUUGAAUAAAAUACAAUGGAGUCAUGAUGUAUUAAUGUUGUUGGAUCUAUCGGAGCCUUUCCAAACUCAUGACACAUGAAGUAUUGUUCAUUCCUCACACGGUGCGUCCUACGCACUGAAACAUGCAUUAAUCACGCAGCUUUUACUCCCUGUUGAGGUAAGAAAAAAAAAGUAUCUCUUCAUGCCGUCCCUGAAUUUUUACUCAAGUAGCAGCACUAACUUUAGACAAAUGUUGAGGCUAAGUUAAAACACAGAUUGUAAAAGAAUUCUGCCUGAUUGAUUACUUAAUGUUCAUUUUUCACCGCCUUGGCUCAUGUUAAACUUUCAGACAUGCUAGUGCUGCUCAAGACAGAAUAGACCUCUAAAUGAUGGUGAGCAUUAUACAGCUCAAAAUAAGCACGCUAACCUGAUCAUUAGCAUUUCUUUUUAUGCAUAUAAGAUCAGAAGAACCUCAUAUAGAUGUAGUAUGAGCAAUAUCAAAGCCUUUACUGCUGCUUCUGAUUUAUGUGAUAUGCAGCUGGGAUAGUCAAGUUCCAGCUCAUUGUUUGGCUGUCAGGUGUGUUUAGCCAAAUUUAAUGUUAUCUUACCUGCCUGAUGAUGAUGUCAUUUUGAUAUGGAGAGUGUCAAAGAGGUCAAGACCUGUAACGUUGUCCUUUCAAAAGGUUUUUUUCCCCCUCAUAGUGUAAAGUAUAUACAGUUAAUAACUUUUUUUUCAACAUGGGGACAAACAGCGCAUGGAAAAUUACAGACCAGCGUCACUUUUUAAAAUUUUCAAAAAUUUUCAAAAAGUUAUUAGUGACAUUAUUGAAUCUGUUCAUCUGUAAAAAUCAUUUACUGAGUAAAAACCAGCACAGAUUUUGGGAAAACACAACUGCAACUUAUGCAGUAAUGCAAAUGGUGGAGGAAAUAGCAAAUGCAAAAGGAAAUACUGUGUUUUACUGGUUUGUACGUUGACUUGCAGAAAGCUUUUAAUACAGCAGAUAAGAGACAGGUAUUGAAAAGAUAGAGAGGUAUGGGGUAAGAGGUGUCGCUUAUUCCUCAAUGAAAAGCAACUUAGAAAAUGGACAGUAAUGUGAAAACUCUUAGGAUACAGUGUCAGAGUUCAAGAAGAUUGCUGUGGAGUACCCCACAGCCAUCAAUGAUUGGUCCUUAACUCUUUAUACUUUGCAUCAAUGAUAUGUGCAGUGUUACAAAACAUUUUCAUAUAUGAUGUUUGCAGAUGAUACAAAAUUAUUUUGCUUUGGUGAAAAUUGAAAAGAAUUUUUUUUGUGUGUUGUUUAAAGUGAGUCGGAAAUCCUGAAAACUUUGUUUAAUGUUAAUAAGUUGUCUCUUUGACAGAACUCAAUUUAAUUUGGGGAGGAACAGAAGGAAACUGGUGGGAAUAUAAUGUUAAAUUUGUAAUAGCAACUUUGAAAGAGUUUUGGGGCUGAAUUUUUUGAGCUGUAAUUGAUUUUAUGUUAACAUGGAAACAACAACACAAAUCUAUGAUUUACAAGUGUUUGUAAAUUUAUGGUACAAAAAGCUGAAAAAGGUCAUAAUAGGAGAUGUACCUCUGUUGUUCGAGUUAAAUUAUGGAACGAUGCAAAUAUAAAAUUGAAAUCCUGUUAUUGACUUUUUUUUUUUUUUUUUAAAGGUUCAAAGAGCAGGUUUUGUUGCUUAUGAGAGUUAAUGGUUCACCUGUUGUUGUUGUCUUUGCACUCUAAGGGUGAGUAGCUUAAUUUGGUAAGAUAUACAGGGCCAAGAUAAAUAUUUUUCUUCUGCCUCUACAUGCCAAGUCACUACUUUAUACACCGCUGCUGUCUUUGUCUAUGGACUGUGGAAUCUGAUUGUAUUUGCAUGACAACUUCAUAAAAUAUGACUACUACUAUUUCUACUACAAUUUCUGUCAGCUGGUUAACAUAAUCAUUCCAUAGCAUGUAAGUGUAUGCAUUUACCUCUCCUGAAUAAUUUAGACAUAUAAAGUAAUUAGGUCUAUUACUGUCUCCAGGAGUCUGACUUGACAGGUUAAAGAGGAGCAGGCGGCGCUCUCGCUCUCAAACAAGCAAACACUGUCCAUGUGCACGCUAAUCUUUGAACCCUGAG